AUGGAAUUUGUUAUUGGGUUACCUUUAGCACCCAAUAAGAAGGAUUCUGUUUGGGUCGUUGUGGAUCGAUUGACCAAGUCGGCACAUUUCAUUCUGGUGAGGACAGACUUCUCCGUGCAAAAGCUAGCUAAGCUCUACAUUUCUGAGAUAGUGAGGUUGCAUGGGAAACUUCAUGAGGCGUUCGGUUCUCGUCUGGAUUUUAGUACUGCUUUUCAUCCUCAAACAAAUGAGUUGAUUUCAGAGACUGAGGAUAAGGUCUGGUUGAUUUGGGAGCGUCUGAAAGCGGCUUCUGAUAGACAGAAGUCUUUCGCUGAUUUGAAGAGGAAGGGCAUCGAGUUUUCUGUGGAGGACUUGGCCUUUCUUAAAGUUUCACCAUGGAACAAGGUUCUGAAGUUCGGACACAAAGGUAAGUUGAGUCCUCAGUUUAUUGGACCGUACCAAAUUUUGAAGCGAGUGGGGCCAGUCGUGUAUCAGUUGGAGUUACCUCCAGAGAAAUCUAUUCCUUUGGUGAAGGUGCUGUGGUGGAAUCAUAGCACUGAGGAGACUACUUGGGAGCUAGAGAAAGCAAUGCGUCAGUAG